AUGGAACUGCUGCUCCUAGUGAGGGACGCGGCGCCCGAUAGUGAGAGGCUUACCUUAUGUCACUUGAAAUACUUUCGGCAGGUGAGUGGGGAACUGGUCGAGCAAGUCGGCUCAGACAACCCCUUCAGAGAGGUGUCAUUUCCAACUUACAACAGUUAUAUGUAUCCGGCACCUUGUUUUGCAGUCACAGACUGGGAUGGAGACGGCGAUCUGGAUUUGUUGCUGCAAGAUGAUUCGGGUGUCUGGUUUGUUGACUUUGACGCAAUGGGCAAGAUCCGCAACAACUCGGCAAUCCUGGCAGUUGAUGAACAGGGCCAACCCCUGUCGCUAGCACGCCAGGGGCGCUUCAUCUUUUUCCCAAGCGAUUGGGACACUGAUGGGGACCUUGACCUGUGGGCGGUGGAUGGUGUGAAUGGACGCCACGAAAACGAGUUUGUGUUUUUCGAGCGCAAGAACCAAUCCACGCUGAUGAAGGUGGGGAGUCCCCUGGCAGGAUUCGAGCCUUGGAGGCGGGGCGCUGCAGAAGUAUUGAGCUUGGCAGUGGCUGACUGGGAUGGUGAUGGAGCUUCAGAUGUGAUUUUGACGAGAGAAUGCGAGCUAGCUUGCUUCCCUCCCAUAGCUGCCUACCUCCACCAAGCAGCUGAUGGGAAUUUUGAAGAUUGGAGCCAGACCGCCGCGAGCCCCUUGUCAGACAUCGGCGGUUGGGAAGUCGAAAAUCCGGUGGCCGCCGUGGCUGAUUGGGAUGGGGAUGGGGCGCUGGACAUCAUCCUUGCCACCAGGAAAGGGACGGUACACUUGUUCUCGUGGCAAUUCACUGGGGAGUUGGUCGAAAGAACCAAUGACAUCUCUGUGUUCCACAUUGUGCGCAACAUGGCGCACCCUGCGGUCAUCGACUGGGACGGGGAUGGUGAUCUCGACUUCAUCCUUGGUUCCAAAUAUGGUCAUGUUGAAGUCUUUCUGCGCAAAGAUGAUGGCAGUCUUGAAGAAGGAGAAGAAGUAUUGUCAGUGCAGCAGCAUGCGCGCAUGACAGCGAACCUGCCACAGGACUCAGCGAGGCCGAUCGCGAUAGAUUGGAACGGGGAUGGACGAGCUGAUUUACUUGUUCCUUCCACUAAGGCAGAAGAGGAGGAGACCGAUUUGGUGUACUUCGAGCGUACGGCCCGUGGGGGCUUGCAGUACAAAUUCAAGGUCAGGCCAACUCGAGGGUACUUCUUUGCAGCUGUUGUUGCAGAUUGGGAUGGAGAUGGUGAUUUGGACAUCCUCUUCGCCUGUAGUGAUAACGUUUUUAAAUCCAAGGUGCAAUGGCAGCUCUAUCAGCAACUGCCUGAUGGUUCGUUGGUUGAGGGCUCCUCCCCUGUGAGUGACCUGCAUGAUCUCAAAUAUCACCUUCAAACUGUUCGCUUGCAAGCGAUUGAUCUCGAUUCGGACGGAAGAAACGACUUGGUCAUGACGGACAAUUGUGAAUGGCGUUUCUUCCAUGCGCAAGCAGAUUUUCGAUUAGUGGAAGCAAAUGCAACAUUGUUCUUGCCGAAGAUGCCAGAAUUGGGGAACUGGCCUGUUUCUUCCUUCUUUUUUGCCGAUUGGGAUUCAGAUGGUGACCUGGACCUGAUAACAGCCCAGGAUUCCAGGGACCAUGGCCCUGUUCGUCAUUUUGACAAUGGCUAUUGUCCACUGCAGGAAGCAUGCGGCAGCCACGGAGCCUGCAGCCCAGUCUCAGGGAAGUGCCGAUGCUUCUCUGCCUAUGCCUUGGUUGAUUGUUCAGGUUGCAGCAAAGGUUACUUUGAUGCUGACAAGCUCAAUGUUUCAGCUCCGGCAAAGAAUUUUUUUCGACGCUGCUCUGCCUGCCCGGGCGUGCCUGAUUCUGUGCCAUGCUCUGGACGGGGGACCUGUAACGAUGACGCACGCGUGCGGGAACAACUCACCAUCUCUAAAAACAGGUCGCUCUACCACUACCACGGUGAUGGCAUUUGCGAAUGUGGGUCCCCGUUCAGUGGUGAGAGGUGUGAAACGGGUUUGUGCAGGCCGGGGCAGAAAUACGUGCAGGGCUCCCUUUGGCAGUGCGAGCCUUGCAUGCCAGGCUCCUUUGUUGCAGACACUGGACUUCAGGGCUAUUGCAACCUCUGCACCGGGAACACAUAUGCCCCUACAGCAGGAAGUAGCCGGUGCCUACCUUGCGAAGGCAAAUGGUGGCGCUCCCAGGCCAACGCGGACAAAACCGCCUGCAGCGCGUCCUUCCUCAAUGUGUCCACAUGCGCUGUUUUCCUGUUGCUCUCCUCUGUGCUUUGUGCUGUGCUUCCUCACCUGGCCAAUCGCCCUAUGACCAUAGAUGAUGCGUGUCUGAAAGAUGGCAAAGUUCUUUUGAGCAUCUGCGGGCGUCACUGGCUUCUGAAGACAUGCAGCGUCACUUUCAGAGACACCGGGCACCCAAUGUUGGACUCUCAGAAGUUUUUGGCUAAGCCUCACAAUGAGCGCCAGCUUGUUCUUUGUGACCUACUUGGUGUACCAUUGGCCAUCCAGGUCGACACUUCCCAGGGCUUGUGUGAUCUUCGUUGGAUCGACGGUCUCUUCAGGAAAGGAAUUCUCAACACCCCCUUUUCCCUUUGCUUUGUCUUGCUCAUGUCUGCUAUGAUGGCAGCUUUUCUCUUGGUACAUGCAGUCUUCUCAAACUCUGGGAUUUCUGGCCUGGAGGCCCUCAUGAUCCUAGCAGGUGGGUUGGUGGCUGCGGUCGUUCAUUGGUGGAUUCAUCCCGGCAAACGCUCCAUCCUCCGAGAUUUAGACCGGUUCGCUGCCCGACUGAAGCCACAAGUUCAUCCUGCAAUGUGCCAGAGGGGCCCGGACCGGGCACUUCGCUUGGGCCAGCUGCAAGAUCUCUAUGAAUUCUUCAGCCUUUACAUUCGUGACAGAAAUAUGUACUACCUGUGCAGCAACAUUGUGAAGCCAUUGACAUUCGCGGACAAGCUUUCUUAUGCGGAGCUGGUGGGCCCAUCUUCCGUGCAGUGGUUUUGUUCCCACUUCUGGGGGAUGCCCUUCUUACAUUUCAUAGACUGCCUGAAGGGACAUGCUGCCAAUGAGAUGACUUGCUACUGGAUCUGCACCUUUUCAAACAACCAGUGGAAAGUGGCAGAGGAGUUGGGGAGUCAAGUUGAAGAUUCGUCGUUUUAUUUGGCGUUGCACGGGAGCACCUGCUGUGGCACGCUCUUCGUGUUGGACGAGAAAGCUUUGCCCCUUACAAGGUCCUGGUGCCUUUUUGAACUAUACCAAUCAGCGCUACUUUACGAAUCAGGCGGGCCGUUUCAAGGAAUUCUGCUGGGAACUUCCACUGGCGUGAUGAACUACGGCCAGAGCAGCUUGGAUGUGGCCCUGAAGCUUUGCAAGACCCUUUCCACCCUCCGUUUGCAAGAUGCAACGGCCAGCUGCGACAAGGACAAGCGCAUGAUUGAUGCGGCUGUGUCUAGUCAUCCGGGAGGUUUUCAGGCUGUGAAUGCCUUUCUCAUCGACGCAGUCAAGAGCGCGCUUCAGCAAACGGAGACGCGCUUCAAAGAAGAUUUUGCGCAACUCCAACAGGAUCUCUCUCAAUCUUGGCCUCAGGAAACAGAGGCAUCGCCUGAGGAAACAGAGCCAUCGCGCACGGAAAUGUCAACCGACCCAGAUUUUUCCAAUCCAACGAUGCUGGCCAGAUUUCUUCAUGCCAUUUGGAGAAACUAG